AUGAACAGUCAGCGGAAUCGUGGAGCUCUCAUCGUUGUCGAAGGCCUGGAUCGAGCGGGCAAAUCCAGCCAAUGUGAACGUCUACGUGACUCGCUACAAGCAUCAGGGCACUCGGUGAAGUAUAUUCGGUUUCCAGAUCGAACAACCCCCAUUGGAAAGUUGAUAAGUAGCUAUCUACAAGGCCAGUCCCAAGCGGAUGACCAUUCGAUUCAUCUCCUCUUCUCAGCAAAUCGCUGGGAGAUUGCGAAGAGCAUUGAAGAUGAUAUAGCGAACGGCAUCAGUGUCAUAGUAGACCGUUACUCCUACUCUGGUGCCGUUUACUCGGCUGCAAAGGGCAAUCGUAAUCUGUCGCUGGAGUGGGCAUGGCAGCCAGAGAUCGGAUUGCCGCAGCCGGAUAUGUGCCUCUUCCUCCGCAUAUCCCCUGAAGAAGCAGCGAAGCGUGGCGGAUUCGGCGUCGAGCGCUAUGAGAAUGAAACUAUGCAAAACCGCGUGCGCGAGCUAUUCCAAACGCUCUUUGACCUCCAGCAGGGUGAUUAUGUUCACACAAUUGAUGCCGGAAGGUCCUUCGAUGCAGUGUCGCAGGAUAUUAUGAAGAUAGUGACAGACUCUAUCGAGAGACUUGAUGCCAUGGGGCCUUUGAAGAGGCUGGGAGCACUCUCAAACUAA